GCAUUUCCUGAUUACCUAAUCAGCAGGGCUGAGCAGCGAAUGAUUCGCUCAGGGCGCCUGCCAACAGGGUGCCGCUGUCAACAGCCUGCUUUCGUACUUUCAGCGCUGCAUGACAGCCUGCGAUGAGGGUUCAAGGCCUUUGGGAACUUGGAUCAGAGCAAACUAGGUUAAGAGAGUUUGUGCGCUUGCGCAGCGUCCGGUGAUCGGGCCGCUCUUUCGGCCCCGAAUUCAAGCUUUGUAUUUGAGAGCUGUUCUCUGGACAAGUCCUCUGGUGGGGCCACAAUGACGAAAGUCAAGCAUUCCGGUAGCGUCUAGCGACAGAGCGCUUGUCUCUUAGCUAUUCAGUGCAUAGAAAGUUCGAUCUAGAAUAAGUGUUGCCAGAGACGGUGGUAUGCGAUUCCAAAGCAAGGGGGUCUAAGGUUUUAAGGCAGGGGAAUUCUCGUUGGCAUUCUCAGCUAUCUCAGGGGGAAAAUUGAAUCUUGCGGCUAGAAUACGGCAGCUGUUCUGGGUCUAGCUACAUGUGGUGAUUUUGGGAGUGUCCUCCUGAAGACUCUGAGAAGAUAGGGACAGCAAUCUUGCGGAGCGAAUUAGUGGCGGGGGGUUAGCAGCGAGAUCAUGGCUAGCACGUCCGCUGCACCCCCUGCAAGCUUGGAAGGGAAUGAGGAGGUCGAUGCCGAGAAGCAUCCCUCAGGAAUCAUCCCAACUUUACAGAAUAUUGUAGCCACGGCGAAUAUGGGCUGCCAGUUGGACCUCAAGGCCAUUGCCAUGCAGGCGCGCAAUGCUGAGUACAAUCCAAAGCGGUUUGCUGCCGUGAUCAUUCGGAUACGAGAGCCAAAAACGACGGCCCUGAUUUUUGCCUCAGGCAAGAUGGUGUGUACUGGCGCAAAAAGCGAGGAGAAUGCCAGGACUGCCGCUCGGAAAUACGCAAGAAUCGUCCAAAAGCUCGGGUUCCCCGUCACCUUCAAAGACUUCAAAAUCCAAAAUAUAGUUGCGUCCUGUGACGUCAAAUUUCCCAUCCGAUUAGAAGGUCUAGCGUACGCCCAUCAGAUGUUUUCAAACUACGAGCCGGAGCUGUUCCCUGGUCUGAUCUACCGGAUGCGGUCUCCAAAGAUUGUCCUCCUUAUCUUCGUGUCGGGCAAAGUCGUUCUCACGGGCGCCAAGCAACGAGACGAGAUUUACAAGGCUUUCGAAAAUAUCUACCCAGUUCUGAACGACUAUAAAAAGCAGAUGGGGCCAGCGCCACCCGGUGCUCUUAGCCCGGCAGAUGCCCAAGCUAGGGUUGCGGCCACGAGUCGGCCAAGCCCGAGUGAAAAACCACCCGAACCAAUGAGAAUCCAACAAUAGUGAAGUUCUUAACAACCAUGAUGUCUAGGGCUGUAAAGCUGCUAUUUGAUGCGUCUCUUUUCAAGUUGCAAUGAGACCUUGUUACGAAUUUCUGAUCAAUGGACAGUCUUGGGCCUUCUGCUCGAACACUGUUGGGGAUGUUUUUCCUACACUUCACUGCUUCCUUGUUUGUGCAAUCAUUCUUG